AUGUAUGCUAAAUGUGGGUGCAUUAACUUGGCUUUGGAUGUUUUUGAGAAUAUGAACGAUAAGGAAGUUUUCUCUUGGAACACAGUGAUGGGAGGACUAGAUAUGCAUGCUAGAGCGGAUGAUGCUAUUAAGCUCUUCUUCAAAAUACAGAGGGAGAGGGUAUUGAGACCAAAUAGGAUUAUUCUUGUCUGUGUUUUAAAUGCUUGUGAUCAUGUAGGAUGGGUUGAUAAAGGUCUAAAGAUAUUUAAUUCAAUGCAAAAAAUUUAUGGUGUUGAGCCAAAAAUGAAGCAUUAUGGUUGUGUGGUUGAUCUGCUAGGAAGAAUAAGGCUCUUGGAAGAGGCAGAGGAGCUUAUUGCCUCAAUGCCAAUGAAGCCCAAUGCAGCCGUUUGGGGAGCACUUUUGGGUGCUUGCAGGAUACAUAAAAAUGUUGAACUUGGUGAAAGAAUUGAGAAAAUCUUGCUUGAGAUGGACCCUCUAAAUUUGGGAAGGGGUAUCAGAACAACACCGAGAACUGGCAUCAUUCAUGAAUUCAAAAUGGGUGAUGGAUCGCACCCACAAGUGAAGAAAAUUCACAUGAUGCUGGUGAAAAUCAUUGAGAAGUUGCAAAUAGAGGGCUAUUCACCAAAUACCUCUCAAGUUUUAUUUGAUGUUAGUGAGGAGGAGAAGGAAACUGCAUUGAAGUACCACAGCGAAAAGCUUACAAUUGCUUUUGGAUUGCUUAACACAAAACCAGGUACUCCAAUUCGCAUUAUCAAGAACUUGAAG